GGCGUUGGCUGACCAGUUUGAAGGCACCGCCCUCACCGACCCCCAGUUGUCAGAAUACCACAGACAAGUCUCUACGAUCACUGUUCUUCCUGUCAACUUAGAGCCAGUGGUCCGAGCUUGGCUAUGGAUUCACGAACUGGCAAUGGUGGACUACUUUGGCUAUCCACGCGCUGGAGACCUCACAGCACCACCAGCUGGCUGGGUAAACAUCACUUUCUUUCCGGCUAGUGAUGUGGACGAAGUGUUGGAGGCGUUCCAGUACCACGUCGCCAUAUUCUACGAUGGUGAUCUCUCUCGUGAUGAAGAUCGAGAAGAGUUGUGGACUGUGAUUCAGGCUCUCUGGGGUGAGACCAACCCGGCUGACCAUGCUCAUGGGUGGCCAGACGGAUUGAAUGCCACGCCACUGUCGGUGGCAAGGCUACCCCAGUUGAUUGACCACGUCGCCAUCAUCAACUCCAGUGCAGCAGCGGCCGUUGCAGCACCGGGUGCAGCACGCGGUCUAAUGCUUGCACCAGGCCCGGGCAAUCGCGCCCUGCCAAACAUCAAUCGUCUGAUGGCGCUGGCUGAGCGAUUGUUCUUUUUCCACGAACAAGAUCACCUCAUCGAUAUGGCCUUCGAUGUCCUGCUCAACCGGAUGUUGUUACCGCUAACCCGCAAUGCGGUAACAAAUGCCGAGAAUGGCAAUUUACCAGUCGCUGCUCCAGGCCUGGGUGCAGCCAACCCGCUUAUCGACGGGUACUACACUGGAUCUCGGGUUAUGUCACGUAUCUUCAAGGUGAUCAUGUCAAGCCACACGCUGCUGACGUGCGCCAAGCAGUAUGUGAAUGGCAAGCUAGGGAUCUCUGGUCCGGUCAUCGACUUCCUCAAUUCCUUAUCGCAUUGA